GCAAAUCUGACGUUGGACAAGGUGAAUUUUGACCAGAGAUCAAGCAAAAGAAGUGACGACGAUGAGCGACGACACGUUUGUGACAGAGCCAGAGCUUGCCUCGUUGCUGUCGAGCAUCAAGCACUUUGUUCCGCUGAUUCCAGACGAAGUUGUGAAGCAGUGCCUGGCGACAGCCGGAGUGGAAACCGACGACGAGAAUGUGAUCAGACUAGUGUCGCUGGCAGCCCAGAAGUUCGUCUCGGAUGUGGCCCGUGACGCGUAUCGGUACAACCAGCACCGCCUCAACGAUGCCAAGAAGAAGACAGUUGUAAAGGAUCGAGAGAACACGCUGACAAUGGAGGACCUGAGCCACGCGUUAACAGACCACAACAUGACAGUAGUCAAACCCCAGUACUAUCUUUGACCCCCUCAACCGAACAGUUGUGUUGUGUGUAUGUCGUGCCGUGUCGGUGCUGGGUGUUCUCAUGUGUGUGUGUGUGUGUGUGUGUGUG